GAGGGCGCGCCCCGGCUCGCGCGGGCGUCGUGCACGCGGUUGUAGCUGCCUGGCGGCGGGAGAAGCCGCGCUCGCGCCAAGGGACGUGUUUCUGCGCUCGCGUGGUCAUGGAGGCGCUGCCGCUGCUAGCCGCGACAACUCCGGACCACGGCCGCCACCGAAGGCUGCUUCUGCUGCCGCUACUGCUGUUCCUGCUGCCGGCUGGAGCUGUGCAGGGCUGGGAGACAGAGGAGAGGCCCCGGACCCGCGAAGAGGAGUGCCACUUCUACGCGGGUGGACAAGUGUACCCGGGAGAGGCAUCCCGGGUAUCGGUCGCCGACCACUCCCUGCACCUAAGCAAAGCGAAGAUUUCCAAGCCAGCGCCCUACUGGGAAGGAACAGCUGUGAUCGAUGGAGAAUUUAAGGAGCUGAAGUUAACUGAUUAUCGUGGGAAAUACUUGGUUUUUUUCUUCUACCCACUUGAUUUCACAUUUGUGUGUCCAACUGAAAUUAUCGCUUUUGGCGAUAGACUUGAAGAAUUCAGAUCUAUAAAUACUGAAGUGGUAGCAUGCUCUGUUGAUUCACAGUUUACCCAUUUGGCCUGGAUUAAUACCCCUCGAAGACAAGGAGGACUUGGGCCAAUAAGGAUUCCACUUCUUUCAGAUUUGACCCAUCAGAUCUCAAAGGACUAUGGUGUAUACCUAGAGGACUCAGGCCACACUCUUAGAGGUCUCUUCAUUAUUGAUGACAAAGGAAUCCUAAGACAAAUUACUCUGAAUGAUCUUCCUGUGGGUAGAUCAGUGGAUGAGACACUACGUUUGGUUCAAGCAUUCCAGUACACUGACAAACAUGGAGAAGUCUGCCCUGCUGGCUGGAAACCUGGUAGUGAAACAAGUGAAAUUGUACUUCUUGGGAGCUCUCACUGAUCUCUGGGAACUUGGACACCUAGGACGUGCCUGUGAUUGGAGAUGAUGUUUUCAUCAGUCACAGAGGGUUUUGCUGCACCUCCGGGGGAAGUGCCCCCUACCUUGAAGAUGGGUCUGAAAUGCUUUUUAAGGCUUCUUAAGCUGCUGCUUAAGCCAGCAGCUUCUGAUUCAUAUUUCUUUCUAUAAGCCUCAUAAUCAACAAAUGUAAACUAACGUGACUGAUUUAUACUUUAAGGUACCUACUGGUCAAAGUACCUUUAAUGUGUAAUUUCAAAUCUCCUUUGAGAUCCAUCAGAUCAACAUAGAGAUGAGUAAGUUUGCUAUUGUAACAUUAACUUUGACCUCAAAGGCAAAACUGUUUUGCAAACCCAUCAGAAAUUGAUUCAGAAUCAGUCAAUUACAAAAGUUACAAUAAGUUAUUUUUAUAUAUAUAAAGAUAGAUGUACUUUACCUAUAACUAGCAAGUAACAUAAUGUGAGGUAAAAUUAUAUUGGAAAUUUUUUUAAAGUCUAACAGGUUUCUAAGGCUGUGAUGCUCUUAGAGGGAACACAACAGUAUUCAUUAACCAUUGACAGUAGUGCUUGAUGUAUUUGAGUUUGGGUUUUUGUUUUUUUUUUUUACUUUGCAGCUUGAGAUUUAAAAGUUGUAUUCUGGACUUUAGUAAGCCCUUAGUGAACACCUGCCUCCUUUUCAGAUAUUGUGGCAUACCAUCAUUUUAGCAGCAAAUGAUUUUAAGAGUACAUUAACAUCUGUAGCCAUGCUCUCUAAAUGUGUUUGACUUAAUUAGAUCAAACCUGAAGAUACCAUGAAAGCCUGGUGGCCAAGAGAGGAGCUGUAAGUAAGUUUUGGGGUGCUUGAGUACAGAUGUUAAUUUAUUCACAAAAAAUAAAAAUAUUUGUCUUUUGGAAUAGCCGAAAUUAGUAGGUAGGACAAAUCUCAUUUUUUUCUAAAUAUACAAUCUGAUAUACAAAAAUAAUUUUUAGUCAAGGCAUGGGCAACUAAUAUCAGACUACUCAUUAUGUACUUUGGCUUUAAAAUAAAUUAUUUCCUUUUUUUUGUUUUGUUUUAACAGAUAAUCCCAGAUCCAGCUGGAAAGCUGAAGUAUUUCGAUAAACUGAAUUGAGAAAUACUUCUUCAAGUUAUGAUGCUUGAAAGUUCUCAAUAAAGUUCACGGUUUCAUUACCA